AUGUCCACUACCGAACUUUAUAAAAAUCUGCGGGAUUUGAAUCUAAAGACCGGUGCGAAGAGCUUGGCCUCGCAGGGAACGAAGAUUAUAGUGGGUAUUGACUUCGGAACCACCUUCUCUGGCAUUGCAUGGGCCAAUACCCACGAUGCCCACAUAAACCUCAUACAGCAAUGGCCAGGCCUCAGUUCUCCUCAGGACAAGAGCAGCGAAAAGGUCCAAACCCAGAUUUUGUAUGACGGAGAAGCUCCAGGCGAUUUCAAAUGGGGAUAUCAGGUUGAAAACGGUACUUCCUGUCACCAAUGGUUCAAAUUAGAUCUCGAAUCUACAUAUGAUCCAAAAGAAAAGGCCUUGGCCAACCGCUACCCUCUUACAAAUAGACUCCUCUCAACUGUUGAUCAUAAUGCUCAGCAACUUACUGCAGAUUAUCUGUCUGCACUCAAAAGACACCUCAUUUAUAUGCUCCAACUUCACCUGGGCGAGCUCCAAGCAACUGAAACACCCUUACAAUUCAUCUUGACUGUUCCUGCGGUAUGGAGUGAAAUUGCCAAAGAGAAGACACUUAGUGCAGCUGAAGAAGCAGGGUUAGGAAAAGAUGCACCUAUCUUGUUGGUAUCAGAACCUGAAGCCGCAGCAACCUAUGCCCUCCAACGACAAGAUUGGCGCUACCUUAAACCAGGAGAUACUUUUGUGGUAUGCGAUGCUGGAGGGGGAACAGUUGAUCUGAUCUCGUAUACCGUCGUCAAACUUGAACCUAUCCUAGAGGUGAAAGAAGCGGCUCCCGGCGCUGGCGGACUAUGUGGAAGCACAUAUUUGAAUCGAAGAUUCCGAGAGUAUCUUGAAGCCAGACUCAGCAAUCAAGACGGGUGGGACGAAGAGGUCCUAAAAGAAGCCAUGGAGCAUUUCGAUCAGAUGGUCAAGAUUCAAUACACGUCUACCAGUAAAGACCAGUCUUGGAAAGUCCCCGUGACCGGCCUCGCCAACAACGAAUCGCUCUCGGUAAAAAGAGGAAAAUUGGUCCUGAAAUCUGAAGACGUGAAACAAAUUCUUGAGCCUGUGAUAGGACAAGUCGUGAAAUUGGUACUUGAACAGAUUCGGACAACCAGCGGAGAGGUAAAAGCAGUCCUGCUGGUAGGAGGCUUUGGCACGAGCAUGUAUCUUCGGGAACGGAUCAAAGAGGCCGUGAGCAAGAAUAUCGAAGUGAUCCAGCCGCCAUAUGGAUGGAGUGCCGUUGUUCGAGGUGCAGUCUUGAAAGGACUCGCACAAUCUGAUCCCAAGCAUUCAAAAGUGCGCCUAACGUCUCGAAUGGCCAGGAAGCAUCUUGGUACACGCGCUUCAGUUAUCUUCGACGAGAUGAUACACUCCCUAAUGGACCUCAGAUACUUUGACGCUUAUGACGGGACUUGGAGAACGACCGCUAUGAACUGGUUCAUCAAAAAAGGCGACACAGUGAACGAAGAUAAGCCAUACCCGUUUUACUUUUACCAGACCAGCCUCGUUGCAGACGGUCCACCCGAAGAUGUCACACUAUAUGUUUACUGCGAUCGGACCAACCGAUCCGCAGUCGUAUAUCAAGACGAAGAAGUGGAGAUGCUUGCCGAACUGACUGUCGGAAUUGGAGAAUUGCCGAAGGACGCCUUGGAUAUAAAAACCGGAAAGGACAACAGGCUUUACUACGUGCUGCGCUUCAGCGUGGAGGUAACAUAUCAAUCUGCAUCUACGAAGUACGAGCUAGUGCACAAGGGCAAACGAUACAGCUCGGUGACCAUUGAAUAUGUUUGA